CCUCCUCGGUACCCGGACUCCACGAUGGCGGCAAUCCGAAGCGCGGCCAUCUCCGCCGCUGCACUCGUUGCUCUGCGCGGCUUCUCCGUGCGCCGUCUUGCGCCCUGCCUCGCGGCACAACCUCCACGAGCCGCCACCUCAGCGGCCGGGAAGAUGCUCCCGCGCUCUGCCAUGCAAGCCAGCGCCUUCAUUACCGUGGUGCCCGACUCCGACGAGGCUGUUGCCGAACCUUCGGUGGAAGUAGACACGGAGACGGAGCUGAGCAAACUGGCCUGCCCAAUCUGCUAUUACCCGCUCGUUAGCUCGAUCGAUCACCAGUCCGCGCCGACCAAAUCCGAUUCUAGCCUUGAAUGUUCUACUUGCAAGAAAGUGUACCCCAGUAAGGAUGAUUACUGGGAUCUAACUGUGGCGGUUGGUUCUGCUGAAUACUCCGAGUCCAUGCCGGCAGCAACUGAACUUUUCAGGACCCCGUUGGUAUCAUUUCUUUAUGAGAGAGGAUGGCGCCAAAAUUUUAUAUGGGGUGGUUUCCCAGGCCUAGAGAGAGAGUUUGACAUGGCAAAAACUUAUUUGAAGCCAACAACUGGAGGUGUUAUAGUUGAUGCAAGUUGUGGAAGUGGUUUAUUUUCAAGAUUGUUUGUCAAUAGUGGACUAUAUUCUCUUGUAGUGGCACUGGAUUUUUCAGAGAAUAUGUUGAAGCAGUGCAAUGAAUUCAUCAAGGAGGAAAACAUUUCUGAUGAGAGAUUAGCCUUGGUCAGAGCUGAUAUAUCCAGACUCCCUCUUGUGAGUGGUUCAAUUGAUGCUGUGCAUGCUGGUGCCGCAAUUCAUUGUUGGCCAUCUCCAGCUUGUGCUGUUGCGGAAAUUAGCCGAGUCCUUCGCCCUGGGGGUAUUUUCGUGGCUUCUACUUUCAUAGCAGACGUUCUUCCACCAGCCGUUCCGGUAUUGCGUAUUGGACGCCCGUAUAUUGGUCAAAUCACUGGUAGCAAUAUCUUCUUGUCAGAAGCGGAACUUGAAGAUCUUUGCAGAGCAUGUGGGCUGGUUGAUUUCACAUUUGUCAGAAAUGGAUUCUAUAUAAUGUUCUCUGCAACUAAAGCAAGCUAGUCAAAUAAGUGCAGAAUCUUCUAAAAGUUUACCCUGUAAUGUCCUUGUGUGA